AUGAGAAGGCAACUCCGCUCCAGAAGGGCUCCAGCCUUUCCUUAUGGUUAUCGCUACAGACUUGAUGAUCAGGAUGAAGUAAAUCAGAACUACUUAGCAGAUGAGGAGGAGGACGCAGAAGAAGAGGCUCAGGUGAUGAUGGUGCCUGGUCUGGAGGAAGAGGAAGAAGAGGAGGAAGGAAAAGAAGAGGAGGAAGAAAGGGAAGAAGAAGGUCAGGGUCAGCCGACAGGCAAUGUCUGGAGGCAGAAAUUGCAGAUCGUGACUGAAUAUCUGUGGGACCCAGAGAAAAGGAUGUCUCUGGCCCGAACAGGUCAGAGUCUCAGUCUGAUUUUAGUCAUUUACUUCUUCUUCUAUGCCUCCCUGGCAGCUGUGAUCACCCUAUUCUUGUACAUGCUGUUCCUAGCCAUCAGUCCCUACAUGCCAACCUUCACUGAGCAGGUGAAACCUCCUGGAGUUAUGAUCAGACCCUUCGCUCAUAGCCUUAACUUCAACUUCAAUGUUUCCGAACCUGAAACUUGGCAGCAUUAUGUGAUUAGCCUAAAUGGCUUUCUUCAGGGCUAUAAUGACAGUCUUCAAGAGGAAAUGAAUGUAGAUUGUCCUCCGGGACAAUACUUCAUCCAAGAUGGAGAUGAAGAUGAGGACAAGAAGGCCUGCCAAUUUAAACGCUCCUUCCUGAAGAAUUGCUCUGGGCUGGAGGACCCUACUUUUGGAUACUCUACUGGACAGCCUUGCAUCCUCCUCAAGAUGAACCGGAUUGUAGGCUUUCGUCCUGAGCUUGGAGAUCCUGUGAAGGUGUCCUGCAAAGUUCAGAAAGGUGAUGAAAACGACAUUCGAUCCAUCAAUUACUACCCAGAGUCGGCUUCUUUUGACCUCCGCUACUACCCUUACUAUGGCAAACUGACUCACGUUAACUACACCUCCCCCCUGGUGGCAAUGCAUUUUACGGAUGUGGUGAAGAACCAGGCAGUGCCUGUCCAGUGCCAACUGAAGGGCAAAGGCAUCAUAAAUGAUGUCAUCAAUGAUCGCUUUGUGGGGAAGAUAAUCUUUACCCUGAACAUAAAAACCUAG